UCCAGCCUGUGACCUUAUGGAUGGACCUUCCACAGCAUCAGGGCCCAAGUUUCUGCACCUGGAGCCCAUCUAGCAGGAUCAGCUGGGCCCCAUAUGCCAGAGCAUCAAGAACAGAGAAGGAAGCUAAGACUUCUCCAGUAGACUUUCACCUACAUUUCAUGGACCAGACUGCAUUACAUGUCACUGCCGCUGUAAGGAAGCUGGGAAAUGGAGAACUGUGUCUUUACCUCUGCACUGGGAAAGGAACAAGAAUCAUGGUGUCAUGGAGAGGGAUAUACUUUAUACUCACUCUGUUUUGGGGAAGCUUUUUUGGAAGCAUUUUCAUGCUGGGUCCCUUUUUACCUUUGAUGUUUAUAAACCCAUCUUGGUAUCGCUGGAUCAACAACCGCCUUGUGGCAACCUGGCUCACGCUACCUGUGGCAUUGCUGGAGACCGUGUUUGGUGUAAAAGUGAUUAUAACAGGUGAUGCAUUUGUUCCUGGAGAAAGAAGUGUCAUUAUCAUGAAUCAUCGGACAAGAAUGGACUGGAUGUUCCUGUGGAAUUGUCUGAUGAGAUACAGCUACCUCAGAUUAGAGAAAAUUUGCCUCAAAGCCACUCUCAAAUGUGUUCCAGGAUUUGGUUGGGCCAUGCAGGCUGCUGCCUAUAUCUUCAUUCAUAGGAAAUGGAAGGAUGAUAAGAGCCAUUUUGAAGACAUGAUUGAUUAUUUUUGUGAUAUCCAUGAACCACUUCAACUCCUCAUAUUCCCAGAAGGGACUGAUCUCACAGAAAAUAGCACGGCUCGAAGUAAUGAAUUUGCUGAAAAGAAUGGACUUCAGAAAUAUGAAUACGUCUUACAUCCAAGGACUACAGGCUUUACUUUUGUAGUAGACCGUCUAAGAGAAGAUUUGAAAUGGCCUUUAGCAGAAGAUAAAAUAAGAAAAACAUGGCUCACGGAGUCAAAGCCAGGUAAGAACCUGGAUGCCGUCCAUGACAUCACGGUGGCAUACCCUCACAACAUUCCCCAGACAGAGAGGCACCUCCUCCUUGGGGACUUUCCUAAGGAGAUCCACUUCCACGUCCACCGAUACCCAGUGGACACCCUCCCAACAUCCAAGGAGGACCUCCAGCUCUGGUGCCGCAAGCGGUGGGAAGAGAAAGAGGAGAGGCUGCGCUCCUUCUAUCAAGGGGAGAAGAAUUUUUACUUUACGGGGCAGACUGUCAUUCCGCCUUGCAAGUCUGAGCUCAGGGUCCGUGUGGUCAAAUUGCUCUCCCUACUGUACUGGACCCUGUUCAGCCCUGCCGUGUGCCUGCUCGUCUGUCUGUACAGCCUUGUCCGGUGGUAUUUUAUAAUCAUCAUUGUCGUCUUCGUGGUGCAGGAGAGAAUAUUUGGUGGACUGGAGAUCAUCGAACUUGCAUGUUACCGUUUUUUACACAAACAGCCACAUUUAAAUGCAGAGAAAAAGGAGUAAGGUUGUAAGGUUCACAGUGUAAAAACCUAGGGGAUAUUUUGGAUAAGCUUUUGUAAACCGAGAUGCUUUUUUGCAUGACUAUGUCAAAUAUUUCUUACUAUCGUCAUUAUUUGUUAAAGAUAUUUUGCACUUAGUUUUGUGGGAAAA